AUGCCUACAGUCUACAGCGCUCAGCAGAAGGCUGCCAUUACUCAGUUCAUAAACUUCACUCAGCUCGAUCGGAAUACAGCUAUUCGGGCGCUCAAGAGCAAUGGCUGGGAUGCCCAGGCAGCUGUCAACGCACACUAUGGCGGCGGUGGUGGCGCCACAGGAGGCUCUGGAGCGGCUAGAACUGCACUCAACAAAAUCUUUGACAAGUACCGAGAGCCCAACACCACAGAGCCAGAUACUAUCGGAGCCGAGGGCACGAUGCAGUACUUUGCGGACACCGAUGUCAACGUGGAAGGUCUUGAGUCGUUAGCGGUCCUCGAAGUGGUACAGGCGCCUACCAUGGGUGAAAUGAGCCGGGAAGGCUUUGUCAAUGGAUGGCAAGAACGCGGCUGCGACAGCGUUCAGAAGCAGAAAGACUACAUCAAAACAUUGAAGCGUGAGCUGCCCAGCAACAAAGACCUAUUCCUGCGGGUCUACAAAUAUACCUUUGCUGUUGCCAAGGCUCCGGGUCAGAAGGCUGUUCCACUUGAUAUGGCUAUCGCGUACUGGGAGUUGCUCUUUAGCUCUCCCCUAUCUCCAGUCCAAUGGUCGAGUUCCAACACACCAUGGUUGAGCUGGUGGACAGAGUUCCUCACGUCAUCGUGGAAGAAGAGCGUCAACAAGGACAUGUGGAACGAGACCCUCAAGUUCGCACAGCUCACACUCACUGAUGAAGCCAUGAGCUUUUGGAACGAAGAGUCUUCGUGGCCAUCAGUCAUUGAUGAGUUUGUCGAAUGGGUCAAGAAUGAGAAGCGUGGAGGUGCCAAGGAAGAGCCAAUGGAAGAGGACUAUUGA